AGCUAUAUCUCAAUAUAACGACGGUGUUUUGUUUGACCUCUUGACGAAUCAAUUUUCAUAAUUGUCAGAACAGAGGAGGCGAAAGAAAGAAGUGUGAAAAACUGAAAGGGCGAUAACAUCAGUAGAGGGCGUUUAACAUUAAGCCACAGGGGCAAACAUCUAGGUAUCUAGUUAUUUUAUUCGACCUAGACCUGGAAAAGAUGUUUUCCCUCUCGACGACGUUACAACCACAGGUAACUGUUCCCCUGAGCCACCUCCUCAACACCCUCCAUUCCCUGAAGAGUUUGGCCAGCUCCUCUAUUCAGAGUCUGCAGAGGGAAAGGAAUCUAGACCUGGACCUGCCAUCCAGUGAGCCAACGUUGAACCUGAGGGACCUGGGUCUGGUAGACCUGAGAGCCGGACAGCUUGAGGAGCUGGCGAGCAGCUUGCUGCCCAGGCCCUGCUUUGAGGAGAGCCCCAGCAUCACCCCUGUCCGUCACAGCUGGAGAACAUCCCACGUGUCCACAAACUCUUUUUUUAGGAACAAACAUGGGUUUUCCCACAGACCAGGGAGUGUAUUUGGCUCUCCUGUGCUGUGCAGACAGAGCCCCACCCCCCUUCAGGCUGUAUGUUCAGAUCUGCAGCACUGGUCAGUGUUGGUCCAGAGUCGAGGUUUUAAGACGCUGAAAUCCAAAACCAGGCGUCUGCAGGCUGGCUACGAGAGGCCUACGGAACCUGAUGGCUACACUCCAGCCUUUAUGAAGGGUCUGCUGAUGAGGGACAAGGUGCCUGAGGCAGAGAGCAUAGACAGGCUGGUGAAAAUGAAGAACCUGCCCGACACCCAGCACGACGCCUUCAAGACCGGAUUUGCGGAGGGAUUCUUGAAAGCCCAGGCCCUGACCCAGCGAACGCAAGAUUCUUUGAGGAGGACACGGCUGAUCUUGCUGGUCCUCCUGCUGCUGGGUUUGUACGGGCUCUCGAGAACCCCCUUCUUAUCGGGUAAAGGCUCCUUUUCUGAUGCUGUGCGGUUCCGCACCACAUCGGGCCUGGAUGCCGCGGUCGACCCCGUCCAGAUGAAGAACGUGACGUUCGAGCAUGUGAAGGGGGUGGAGGAGGCCAAGAACGAGCUGCUGGAGGUGGUGGAGUUCCUCAGGAGCCCUCAGAAGUUCACUGUUCUUGGCGGGAAGCUCCCCAAAGGAAUCUUGCUGGUGGGCCCCCCAGGCACUGGGAAGACCCUGUUGGCACGGGCUGUGGCAGGAGAGGCGGAUGUUCCAUUCUACUAUGCCUCCGGUUCCGAGUUUGACGAAAUGUUCGUGGGCGUGGGGGCCAGCCGCAUCAGAAACCUCUUCAGGGAGGCCAAAGCCAAUGCGCCGUGUGUGAUCUUCAUUGAUGAGCUGGACAGUGUCGGGGGGAAGAGGAUAGAGUCUCCCAUGCACCCGUACUCUAGGCAGACCAUUAACCAACUUCUGGCUGAGAUGGAUGGGUUCAAACCAAACGAGGGCGUCAUCAUCAUCGGAGCCACCAACUUCCCUGAGGCCUUGGAUAAUGCACUGGUGAGGCCCGGGAGGUUUGACAUGCAGGUGACAGUCCCCCGGCCUGAUGUGAAGGGACGCACUGAGAUCCUGCAGUGGUACCUGAAGAAAAUUAAAGUAGACUCUGCCGUCGAGGCGGAGAUCAUCGCCAGGGGAACGGUAGGCUUCUCCGGGGCGGAGCUGGAGAACCUGGUCAAUCAGGCCGCCCUCAAAGCGGCAGUGGACGGCAAAGACAUGGUCACCAUGAAGGAGCUGGAGUUUGCCAAGGACAAGAUUCUCAUGGGCCCAGAACGCAAGAGCGUGGUGAUCGACAAAAAAAACAAGACCAUCACGGCGUACCACGAAUCUGGACACGCCAUCGUCGCGUACUACACCAAAGACGCGAUGCCCAUCAAUAAAGCUACAAUCAUGCCACGGGGCCCCACCCUGGGCCAUGUCUCCAUGCUCCCGGAGAAUGACCGCUGGAGCGAGACGCGCUCUCAGCUGUUGGCGCAGAUGGACGUCAGCAUGGGCGGCAGGGUCGCUGAGGAGCUCAUAUUCGGCAAUGAGUACAUCACCACAGGUGCUUCCAGUGAUUUUGAUGGUGCCACUAAAAUAGCAAAGAUGAUGGUGACAAAGUUUGGGAUGAGUGACAAGCUGGGGGUGAUGACCUACAAUGACCUGUCCAAACAAAGCCCUGAAACUCAAGCUGCUAUUGAGCAGGAAGUACGAGUGCUGCUGAAGGACUCGUACGAGCGUGCCAAGAGCAUCCUGAAGACCUACAGCAGGGAGCACAGGAAACUGGCCAACGCGCUGCUGACCUACGAGACGCUGGACGCCAAAGAGAUUCAGAUGGUGCUGGAGGGGAAGGAGCUGGAGUCCAGAUGAUGGCAUCUCCUGCAGCAGGGCAGGGUUCGAGCAGGGGAUUUUCCUUUCUGUAAAUAACUACGUACCACCGCAGCAAUGGAGCCUUGAGAAGAAAAGCAGGAACUCUGAAUACAACCCUUUUUUUUUUCAUUUAAAAAAAAAAAAAAAUUUGAUCAAUCAAAUGGCCUUUUUUUUUUUUGCUCCCCCAUUCUGUACGAGCAGGUUGCCAGGGCUUCCCUUCUAGGUCCACAGUAUCUCGAGCACAGCAGCCAAGUGACUGAACCUCCACAAUGUGCAACAGCUUGUCCACCUCACCUCUUUUCUAGUGGUUAGUUCUCGGUCCUUAAUAGCAGCGGAGAUUUGUGCCGCUGUUUCCAUGAAUUUGAUCCAGAGAAAAAGUACAAUAAUUGACCCAGCUGGACUUGCAGUGUUGGAGUAUCAUCAGUCUUUCCUCAUCUCUCUAGUUUGUCUCUGAGUCCAUUGCAGAGUGGGCGUGAUAUGGGGAGGUUUGUCCAGGCAGGCAAGGGGAGGAGAUUGUGUAUCAGAAUGGCCAGUUUAGGAGGGACUGUGGGUAUAGUACAAUGAGAUAAUAAAGUUGGCCAUGGUCAGAAUUUAGCACUUAAGGGAAGCAUAUCACUUAUGGAUGGUUUAUGAUGUCUAUGAUGUGAAACAAUUUUUUUCAGGGGGGUAGACAAGUGAAAACUAUGGCUUUAAAUUGCAGCCUUCCUGGUAUUUUUUCUUAAAUGUAUCAGAAUAUUAUCUGUACAUAUGUCAUACAAUAAACAUUUCUGUUCAGUGUACUUUACAUUCGCACUGGCAGGCCCACUACUUGGUCAGUCUGUCCCAUAGAUCUCAAGGUUUUGGAAAUGCAUUCAUAGUGAAGAGGACUUUGCUGUCAAGGAGUCUGUGAUCUGUUGAUUUUCAGCAGGUUUUCCUGGUGGUGGGGAAGGAGGAAUUGUAUUACAGAUUCCCAACAACAAUUUGUCUCAAAUGUUGCAUUUUCACCGAGUUUAUGUAUAUGGAAUACAGCCUUUGGAUUUGAUUUGAAGGCCGUUAUUUUGAAAGGUAUCCAUUUUUUGAAGAGAAGAAGAUUUGUAGGAAAACACAAAAUGCUUAAUUCCUGAACAAAGCGAAUGGACUGCUCUCGCCUUUCUCUGUCAAGAUUAAGUCGCUCAGUCGUAACUUUUUGGGGACAACUGAACAGACAAACAUAGUUUUUGGUGGAGCUAUUCUUUUAUCCAGUGUGUAACUUAUUUAUGUACUUUAUGAAGUACUUCAGACUUCACUUUGCCUCAAUUACAGGUUUUAAAAUUUUCAUGUCUGUGCUUUCACUGUGCCCAGGCCUGCCUGUGUGUAGGAUCCGAAAGGGGGGCCUGUAUAUAAGUGUGUGUCAGGAUUGUCUGUGUUAUGCACUGCAUCGUUUGAUUUUUAAAUGAACCCCCUGUGCUUCAUGUUUGUUUGAUUCAAAAAUAUUGCGAUUUAAAGUUUGAAUAAAUCAUAUUCUAGCAAAUUGG